AGAAUGUUGGAUAACGAUCUUGUCGGAUUUGCUGACCCAAAUACAGUCAGCGACAAUGAUAAUGAAGAUAAUGAAAUCAGUAAUAUCAAAAAGAAAAUUUCCAAGAAAUCUGGAGGAUUUCAAUCUAUGGCUCUCAGUUUUCCAGUAUUGAAAGGAAUCCUUAAACGUGGUUACAAAAUACCAACACCUAUACAAAGAAAGACUAUACCACUAGCUCUCGAGGGAAGAGAUAUAGUAGCAAUGGCUAGGACAGGUAGCGGAAAGACUGCUUGCUUUUUAAUCCCUCUGUUUGAAAAACUCAAAGCAAGGCAAGCAAAGACGGGUGCGCGUGCCUUGAUAUUAUCACCUACGCGCGAGCUAACAUUGCAGACGUUAAAGUUUAUAAAGGAGUUGGGAAGAUUUACAGGAUUAAAAGCAGCAGUAAUACUGGGUGGCGACAAUAUGGAGAAUCAAUUUAGUGCAAUACAUGGAAACCCUGACAUCAUCAUGGCUACUCCGGGCAGAUUUCUACAUAUAUGUGUAGAAAUGGAUUUGCAAUUGAAAAAUGUUGAAUACGUUGUCUUCGAUGAAGCUGAUAGAUUAUUUGAAAUGGGUUUUGGGGAACAGAUACAAGAAAUUGUAAAUAGAUUACCGGAAUCACGUCAAACGUUAUUGUUUUCUGCCACUUUGCCCAAGAUCCUAGUAGACUUUGCAAAAGCUGGUCUGAAUGAUCCAAUUUUACUUCGUUUAGACGUUGAUAGUAAACUACCUGAAGGAUUGACAUUAUCUUUUAUUACGUGCCGUUCCGAAGAAAAAUUGGCCGUACUUUUAUGUUUAUUAAAAAGGAUUAUCAAGCCCGAAUCGCAAACAAUUAUAUUCGCGGAAACUAUGCAUCAUGUAGAAUAUAUUCAUCAGAUAUUGGAUAAAGCAGGUAUAUCCAACACCUUUAUUUAUUCGAAUCUGGAUCCUUCGGCGCGUAAAAUAAACGCGGCUAAAUUUCAAAUCGGUAAAGUAAAAGUUCUCAUAGUGACGGAUGUUGCUGCUAGAGGAAUAGAUAUACCACAUCUCGACUACGUGAUCAAUUUUAAUUUUCCCGCAAAAUCUAAACUCUUUGUACACAGAGUAGGACGAUGUGCUCGAGCUGGACGUGUUGGAAUGGCAUAUAACAUCGUGAGCGCAGACGAAUAUCCUUAUCUCUUAGAUUUGCACCUCUUUCUCGGUCGACCUUUAACGAUAGUGCCAACUGCGGGAACCACUGAAAAUAUGGAAUCCGCUGUGGGAAAAAUGCCACAAACUAUGAUAGAGGAGGAACUGGCCGUGUUAAUAAAUUGGCACAAUACUUCUACAGAUCUUACAAAUAUGCAAAGAGUGUGCAACAAUGCCUAUCAACAAUAUGUAAGAUCGCGGCCGGGCGCUUCGACGGAAAGUGUUAAAAGAGUUAAGGAACUUCGUAUAAACGAAGCUGGAGUUUUACCCCAAUAUUCUGACGUUUCUCAGACAACUGCUGAUAUAAUAUCCAAGAUGAAAAAUUACAGACCGCAGGGAGUUAGUAUGAUAUUUUAUUUAUAUAUAUACGUUAGAACAUUGUGUGUGUGUGUNAUGAAAACAAAACGAGUGUUUCACAAAGAGAACAUUCUUAAUUUCCAUAAAAAAGUGGAGGAACGUAAAAUCAAUGAAAUAAAUACUGCAUCAGAAUUGUCUCAGAAAGUCAAUUUGCCAUCUAGUAACGCAGAAGAGAUUAAUGCCGCGUUUAACACGGUGGUAGUUCCAAAGAAAAGAAGUAGUGAUGAUCUAUAUAAAAUUUCAAAGAAAAAGAAACGUGUAAUGAAACGAGAUGAAGAAUAUUACAUACCUUAUUUCGCACCAGAUAAGCAUACCGAGGAUGGUUUAGCGGUUAACACAUUUGCCACCGAAGCUGAUAAAGCACAGAUGGAUUUAACCGCAGACAACGAGGAGAGUCGACAUCUCCAAACACAAUUAAAGAAGUGGGAUAGGAAGAAGAAAAAAAUGGUUACCAUCGAAAAGGAUCCGAAAGCGAAAAAAAUACGCACGGAAUCAGGUGUAUGGAUACCUGCUACGUAUAAAACAAAUCGUUACAACAUGUGGAAAGAAAAGAGCAAGAUCGAAGAUAAUAUCGAAGAUGACAGCGAAGAAGAAUCUUCGCAGAUGAAGAAUUUGCGCACCACAGCAAAUACACAUUGGGCACGACACAACCAGAAACUUAAAGAUAAAGUUAAAGUAAAGAGCGAACUGAAGAGACCCGAACAAAUCUUGAAGGCACGCAAGCUGCUUGAUAGAAAACGUCAGAAAAACGGCAGAAGAAAUAAGAAAGGUCGAAAGAAUAAUAAAAGGAAGCAUUAAGAUAUUUUCAAUGUCUAGAAUG